GGCUAACGGCUUCGAUAGCGGCCGGGCCAUCCCCCGAUGGCCCCCCAAUGAGGAGCCACGACGAAUUGAAUGCUCGCGUGAGGCAAAACUUCGCGUCAUUCGCCAUCGCCAAAGCUUCGUGAAGGAUUUGAAAGUCCUGCUUCUGGAUCGUUCGAUUGUGCAUGAAUGAAUGCGUGGGGAAUGAAUGGAAUGGAACCAGAGUUAGCACCGCGAAGGAAGGCGUGCCGGUUCUGGAGUUUUGUGCCGGCCUUCGAUUCAUGGAAAAGCAGAUAGGACGGGAAAUUUGUUUCGCGGAGGCUUUGCACUAAUUGUGAUUAUUGAAUCCGUUAAAAAGUAUUCCUCGGGGGCGACCGGGCGGGGUCGGGCUGGGAGAUGCAGCGAGAACGGAGGGAGCAGAGGUGCCUGCCGUGACCCGUGAGCGAGUGGGUCAUUAAACCGCUCAUUUACUCGUGGCGAGAGGUACGAAAGCGUUCAAAGAUUGUGAAAAGAGAUGUGUAGCUCAUGCGUUUGCGCAUGUUCUAUACAUUUUCUCACGUCCGGAACAUAUCACUGCUCUUCGUUUGCGGUCACCAAGUUCCGAAGUCUCGGCACUUAUUUCCUUACCUACGACAACUUUUAUUUUCCUCUUGCUGUCUCUCAUGAUGGCUUCUACUCCCCUUCGCAUACGGAGGUCGAUUGCGAAGCUCUUUUACCUCCUCCAUUCCUUCGACUAGGUUAUCUUCAGAAAUCUAAAAGAUCCCGCUGCUUGAACGAUCCGAACCUCUGUUUUCCGAUUCCACCUUCGAGCAUUGCUUUCAAACCCUACGUAGAUACUCGAAUACGAACCGAAACGUUCCUCUCGAUCAUCAUUGACGUCGAUCGUACUGCCGAGCUCAUGCCUCGAUUUUUCUUCCGUAACUGAAGUGGAAAGUGUAUGCAUUUGUGAUGGAUCCCGAUUCCUGUACGCUGUAAAGCGAUCAUUAAUUCCAAGAACUAGCUUACUUUCCCCAUCUUAUAGGAAAUCAUCUUUCUUUUUACCUGCCUUGAUCGAUGGUAGUGUCACACUGAUCCUUCAUGCGGUUAGAGGGCCCAAGUUCUUGGCCACGUGCCUCAUGCAUAUGGUAUGAAAGUUGUGCCACCACAAACCCUUGGUGCUGGUCAUGCAUUAUCAAGAUAAAGAGAUUGAUGCAACUAUGUACGAGAGGAUUGGACGCAGUCGUACCACAGAAGGUUGACAAUAUAUGUGUAUGAAGUCCCAACUCUCUCUAGACAUGAAUCUUACAUGAAAUGUAGGAUGUAGGAUUGCCUCCAUCCUAUUCCCUAGGAGACUCGUCAAUAGAAAUGUUGCAUACUUGGUACGAACGCGGAAGCAGAAGUUUCUCAAGGAAUCAAAUCAUGAGAUGGACAAACUCAGUCUCCUAGUCGGUCCGAAUCUCUCUAUGUCUAUGCUGGCUCGUAAUAAUUGCCUUCCUUUUGUUUGUAAAGUUUCCAAUGAUGGUCAAAAUGAAAUAAAUUAGCGGAGCAAGUGAAGACC